GAGCGGUUUGUUUUUGCCUGUAAGCGCAGAAGCUCUUCAGCAGGCACCCUGCUGCUCACCCUACAGAUGAUAAGAUACUCCAGAAGUCAGUGGAAAUACAAACAAAAUACUCACAUGCAUGGAAUUCAGUAGGUUUUGUUUGUGUUGGGGAAAAAAGUCAUCUGUCCACACUUUGAGCAACUUAUUUAUUUCCCAUGAGGGAAUGUUUGACUUUCAAGUACUCGUUUCAUUGCAAUUGAUGCUUACAAACCUCUCUGAGAUACACAGAGAUUCACAGAUAAUAGUUUUGUAAUGGCAAAAAGUGGCUGCUUUCAGUCUAUCCUGCAACCUCUCACACCUCAUUUCAUUUCAAUUUCCGUCACCGCAGAUAUUUAUCCUCUCUCUUUUUCAAGGAUACAGAGGCACUCUUCAGACGUUUGUCAAAAAGAAAUGGUCAAUGAACUUAAGUCCCAACACUCAUAGGAAAUCAUAGGAAAAACAAAUAAACACUAGGCCCAAAAUCUGCCCUGGCUCACCCACCCAAACAAAGGAAGGGGCUUCUGCACGUAUCAGAGCGAUGUUUACAAAAUCCUCAUUAAGGAAAAGAAAGCAGAUAACGGUGCACACACACACACACAGGGACACCACGAACGCUAAAAACGCAGAGCUUCCUAGUUUGUAGAUAAGGGACAGAGAGAGAAAGUAGAGAGCAGGAGGGAGAGAGAGAGAGGAAAAAACAUUUGAAAAGAGAUGCCACAUCUCUGGGACAUCUCUUUCACGUAGUGAAACCACCCUCUAGCCCAAACCUUUCAUCAAAAGGUGAGAAGAAGAAUAAAUGCUCAGAGGUCAGGAAUAGAGGCACUUUAAUGCAGUGACCAGUCUGCGGCUACAUAUAAGAACCAAAACAGCAUAGGACGGCUUUACUUCCCUACAUUCUGCACUGGAGUGACCACUGACCUUCCAUCCAGAAGAAAGGGUUGAGUUCUUUAAAUUGAAGGCAUUUGUCACUGGAUCUCUAGAUUUCGCUCCUGUGAAACUCUGCACCUAUAGCUGAUACACACCUCAUUUGCCUUACAUCAUGGGUGUCAGCAGGAAUUACUUUUGGAUUACGUGUUCAUCCAGCACAUCUGUUUUAUUGGCCUUUUUCCUGCUCUUCUGGGGGCCCUUCUGUGCACAGAGUAGCCCUAUCGGCUCCCCCGAGAGGCUGCGCACCGCUCCAGGGCUGGAUGACGGACAUGGAGGGGUUCUGGAUCCUUCACUUCUGGAGCAGGACAGUGAGGUAGACAUGCAGAGCUUGCUGGAGACCCUGAAGGGACAGUUUCUGCGCACUUUUAACCUGACACGUCCCAGCCCCCCUGUGCAGCAUGGGGCCACUCGAGUAGAGCCCCCUGAGUACAUGCUGGAGCUGUACAACCGUUUCGCCAGUGACCGAACAGCAAUGCCUUCUGCAAACAUUGUACGCAGCUUUAAAAAUGAAGACUCCUCCCCAUCUAGUGUGGGACCUGGUGGAGUGAGACGACACCCACUUAUCUUCAACGUGUCUAUCCCACAUCACGAGAGAGUCACCGCAGCUGAGCUCCGACUGUACACUUUGGUCCAGACUGACCGCAACAAAUACACUGGUGUUGACAGAAAAGUGACCAUAUAUGAGGUCAAACAGAUUGAAAUGAACAGCAGUCAGCAAAUAAGAGGGGACAAUAUUGAUGGAGGAAAUCAAACCAAGCGAGACGGAGAAACAGAACUAGUGGAGUUGGCAUCUCGACAGGUUUAUGGUACAGAUAAUGGGUGGGAAUCCUUUGACCUGACCGCUGUGGUGCAUCUUUGGAGGAAAUCAGACUAUGGCACCACCCACAGGCUGGAGGUCCACAUAGCCAGUUUGAACUCUCAGAGUUUGACGUCAACCGAAGGUAAGGAGGAAGACACCGCCAGAGGAGGGGACAUGGACAUUGACACCAGCCCUGAGGACAAACACAAACCCUUAAUGAUCGUCUUCUCUGAUGACCAGAGCGUAGACCACCGCGGAGACAAACGAGAGCUCAAUGAGCUGAUCCAGCAUGAGACCAGUGGGCCUGGUGUUCAAGACAACCUUGAUCUAGAACUGACCGGUCUCUGGGAUGACCUGGAAGUUAUGGGACAAAAAGAUGGGAAUGAGGAAGAGGUGCAGAGCGAGGAGGCUCUCCUACAGAUGCGCUCCAACCUCAUCUAUGACACAGCGUCUAGAAUCAGACGCAAUGCCAAAGGCAACCAGUGUAAAAAGACCUCCCUCUAUGUGGACUUCAAAGACAUCGGCUGGGACAGUUGGAUCCUAGCGCCCUCCGGUUAUGAAGCCUUCGAGUGUACAGGGACGUGCAUGUACCCUUUGACCAAACACGUUACACCUACUAAACAUGCCAUUGUGCAAACUUUGGUCAGUCUGAAAAGUCCACAACGAGUGUCCAGGGCUUGUUGCGUUCCCACUGAGCUAGAUCCCAUCUCCCUGCUCUACCUAGAUGAUGCAGGUGUGGUGACAUAUCAGUAUAAAUAUGAAGGUAUGGUGGUAGCGAAGUGUGGAUGCAGAUAGUAUUUAAUGGACAUGGAGAAGUGGGGUGAAUCUGGGCCACAAGCUUAGAGUUUGGAUUGGAAAGAGACUAAAAGGCAGUCAUUGUCUACGACUAAUAUUCUAAGUUUCUUCCAAAUGGCAGUGGAUGAGCUCUUACUCCCAACCUUAACAGCGUUAGCAGGAGUCAUGUAAUCAGUUGUGGAAUCAGCCAAUUCUGGAGCCACGUGACGAGGGGCCACAAUGCAACAUUUAGUGGGAACGGUGACCAUUUCAUCCCUGCUGAACAAGGAUUGGGUGGAACAUAAGACAAUAAUUGAACCACUGACACGCCUCAAGAUCAGCCGGGAUAUCUUAUCAGUAAAGACUGAAGUUUAAAUCGUUUGCGUCAGCAGAGUCCUCGCUAAGUGGGUGUUUCGUUAAGAUGGCAGCGAACUCAAGCACCACAGGGUCAGUCCAGUGACAUUACCAGAGACAAGAAGCCUGUGAAAUGGCCUGUUUCCACAAAGCCCAGUAUCGUAUCUGUCGUGACACCGCCAAGUCAAUAUGCAGCUUCCUGCUUAACAGAAUGCAUUUGAUAUGAACUGUCCAAGUUGAAGUGAAAUGUUUAUCAGAAAAGUCUUGUAAAUGAAGGGUAAAACAGACCAGAACGGACCAGUCUGGACUUUCGAAUGUAUCUGAGAACAACUCCUAUUAUGGAUAUCCGCAGUCUUACAACAAUGGGUCUCAUUCAUUAACUAGUCAUGCACAAAUCUAUGUGUGAAAUCUGCAUAAAGGACAAAUCAUUAUUCAGCAUUGCAUUUUGUGCUAAAAUUCAUUCUAAAUUAAUGAAAACAUUGGGAACAGCUAAAACAACACACCAGCAAAAAUGUUGACUCUGGGUGGAAGAUGAAAUUUUAAGAAGAGGUUCCAUCAUAUAGAAUAAAAAGUAAGAAAAGUACAUUAUAGCUUGAGUUUUAAUGUUUUUCUAUUUAAAAAAAAAAAACAGUACAUCUGUACUUAUGUACAGCUGACUAAUGAGAGGUUUGUAAUCUGGGUCUGUAUAAAAGGUCUAUUGUAUUUGAACUGGUUUUAAGUUUUCAUGUAAAGGUUGUGCGGAAAGCACUUGAUGGUUUGGCCAUGUUUUAUGCAAAUAAGUAUUAAAAUUAGAUUAGACAAGAAGAAAUUCAUGUGCAUAUGUAAGUGUUAUGCAAAAGUGUUUUGUGAGAAGUACUCCUGUGGGUAUAAACACAAAACAAUCCAUGCAAUUAUUAAUGAAGAAAACCCAUUAUUUCAGUGCAAAACCUGGCAAUAAACAGAUGAUCAUGAAAGAGAGACAUUGGAAAAGGACAGUAUGAACUUCUGAAAUGUCUCAAAGCAAUUAAGCUGUUUUGAUAUAUAACGCUUUCUUGGGCCACUUAUCUUUUCUUCAGUAACAUUUCUUCCUACUGAAAUCUUGUCUGCAUUUCACCAUGGAAUUCAUUCACAAAUCAGCCUGUCACUGCUGAGAUGUGAGAAUGGGACAGUUGACAAAGGACGCAUGCUGUACAUCUUAGUCGGUCCGGCUCGCUCCAUUGGCGACAGACGGCAUCAACAAGGGGGAUACUGGGGGCUCCCCCCCCCUCCCGCUCCACAUGCCGUGCGAGCUGCGCUUCCACCCCGAAGCACGGCUGUGAUAAGAAGGUGUCAGGACUGAAAAACAUGUGUGUUAGGACCAAAGACAAUUCCAAGCUGAUUCCUGGGAAUGAGAAGCCAGUUGGCAGUUGUAUAUCAUAUCUACUUUUUGACCCCAGUCUACCCUAAAGCGAAGACACAUCAUUUACUCCCCAUCGCUCUCCUCCUGUAGUCUUUCGUCAUUCUUCUUCUCCUUUUGGACCCUUAUCACCUUUAGGGCAGGAGGAUGAAUGGAAACUGUCUGGCAAGGUCAUGCCACCCACAGAUAUCCUUCACAAGACUUUUCAACCUGAUAAUAUCUUCCAGGAUUAUUCCCAUGCCUGAUGCAUACUUUGCAUUACUGACUUUGAUAUUAACUUUACUGUUGUUGAAGUACAAAUUGUGUUCUGCUGCUUUGAAUAAUUAUAAAGCUUAUUUAUUGAUUAAUUUAUUUGUUUUUAUUAUUAUUUAGGUGAUUUUGUAUAGUAAUACUGUACAUAUGACUACAUACACUAUUCACAGUAUAUGAUACUGUAUGAUGUUGUUGCGCAAAGAAUAUGGGUAUCCUAUUAAUUGUAAUUAUUUAUCAUUUUCUCAUGUAGUAUGUGUUCAAAUACUCAGUGAUGUUGUAUGUGCUUUAAUCAACUGCUUUCCAAGCACUGACGUCUUGUUAGGAUUUGUAUUUAUCUUUAAAUAGUUUGUUGAUCCUCUUGUCCCUUGCACCCAAACACUCCAUAACUCCUUAACAAGAUAUAUUUAGCAACGAUCAGUCCAGAGCUCGCUGUUUAGACAUUGGGUGUGGGAGCGAUUCAUAAAUUUAACUUCCCAUUGAAGACCAGCAGCUCAAAGGCCCAUAGUUUACAAGUGUCAAACAGAUCCAUGUCCAUGGGAAGCUGACUGGAAACAAACGACCACACAGGCUCAUCUGCUCUGCAGCUUGAAACUGUGCAGAUGUAUUUGCUUCUUUUUUGGGGUUUAGGGUGGGGGGCUUAGGAAGUGUUUAGCUUUAUUCUCUAUAUAUUUAAGAUGUGAAGUUAGUAAUUGUCAGUUGCCAUUGUGAAACAAUGUAUUUUGCCAUGUACAAACGCACAGUUGAAAAUAAAAUGAUAUUUUAAAGAAACUUUCUGUGAUAUUGUGAUUUUUUUUUUUUUUUACUAUUCUAGUAUUUAAUAACAAAUUUAUCAUUGACAAGACUUUUCUAUCCACUGUAGUCCUGUUAAUGUCCAAGUGGAAACUUGAUGGUUAUUGU